GCCUCCCUCCGCCUCCCUCUAGCCGUCCAAGCAACCUACCUCACCCCCCUCAAACGCGCACCCACCUCAAACCUCACCUCCGCCGACCUCCAACUCCGCUCCUACUCCAUCCGCAACCUCGAAGUCUUCGCCGACUUCGCCCUCCGCGCAGCCUACUACCUCCACCUCCCCGCCAAGGGACCCAUUUUGCUGCCGAAAAAGGUGGAACGCUGGACCGUGCCGCGGGGAAAUUUCGUACACAAGAAAUCGCAGGAGAAUUUCGAACGGAUUACUCUGCGACGGUGGGUGAGGAUCGUGGAUGGACAUCCCGAGACGGUGAGCGUGUGGUUGGCUUUCUUGCGGAAGUAUCAGUAUUAUGGCGUGGGUAUGAAAGCGGAUGUGUGGGAGAGUGGGAGUUUGGAAGCGGGGAGGGAGCUGGAUGAGGAGGCGAAGAGGAUUGAGGGGAUGAUG